GCAUCAUGACAUAUUCAUUAUAAAACAAAUGCUGUGGAUGCUUCUUAACCGAAUGUCUGAGACAAGGUAGGGGUAUACAGAUAAUAAUCUUGUGGGUGGAACUCGGUGACAGGUUAUACCAGCGACGACAGGCAAUAUUAACAACAUAACACAACUUUAAAUUAACAUACAUACUCGCAGAUGAAAUCACGUGAUAGCUCAGGGUUGCCGCUUGUGCGCGCGCCGUGACGUUCAGCGAGUCGUCGAGUGAGAGAGCGCGCGCUGCCGAGCGCAACAGCUGCAGAGUGAGAUUUACAAACACGCGCAAGUAGGUUAAACUCGGGAGCUGGUGAAACCUGUAGAAUAUAAUUCAAAAUAGUAAUAAUAAUUAUUUAAAAAAAAAAAAAAAAAAAAAAAAAAAUGGAAAGAAACUAUCCAAGAUAACCGCAUAACAAGAAACGCGAUAGGAAUCUGAAUUUCUGGCUCCGUAUUCGGUGAGUUUGUUUUGUUUUGUUUUAAUCAUUCUUCUCUACACGCUCACUACACAAAGCAGGAAAUACUGUUAGUGUGUGCCUUGAAAACGAGACUGCCUCCGACUUCAAGACAGGCUAAAGGUGAUAUAACAAUAACUGAUCCACUCAUUUGCUAUACAGAGGCGAGGGCUCUACGUUAAAGUUUGAACCUUAUUCUGCACGUGGAACAGUACAGUUGUGCUAAUAAGUAUCUGGAAGUGUUUAGUCUGUUCUCUAUUGUACAGAUCCGGAGAAGGGUACUGUUCAACAGACUUGCCACCACCGAGAAGCAAAUGUUUCAGAUUCGUUAUGUUGUGCCACUUUAUUAGCACCAAACAAGGCACACUGGAGUGAUCAUAGGCUUUGACAAAAAUCUUGAUCCUAAAGUCUUAAAAAGCAAUAGAGAUUACUUCUCAACAUGUGUAGAAAAAGACAAACUUUUCUAUUAGACAUUAACUAAGCUUAAAGCUUAUGAGCCCAGCUGAAAGGCCACUGAAGAAGUUCCCUCUCUGUGUACAAACAUCUUCAGGAAAAGAAUCAUAAUAGAUAUUUCAACUCCAAGGGGUUUCGCAUACUAGUGUUAACAUGCCAACCCAUCCUUUAUUAGCAUACAUGGAAAGUUCAGAUGCGCUCGGCCAUGACAUAAUGAAUAAUACUAAUGCAGACAUGCCAGGUUCUGGCUCCAGCAUGACACCGCACACAAGUUUUCAAGGCAAAGGUUUGUUACAGGCUGAAGGAUGCGUGCCUUUGGACUGUGUGUUUUGUGAGCAGACCUUUAAACACCAAGAGGAGCUUGGGCGUCACGUCCAGACCCAGCACAGAACAACUCUGUGCGAGCCUGCCGUUCUGCGCGUGGAAGCAGCGUUUUUAGCUCCAAAUGAGAAAGGUAGAGUAAAAGCCACUUCUGUGCUGGAUGGAGAUAAAGACAGUAAAGAAGAGGAGGAGGAGGAGUUUAGUUGUGAAGUUUGUUGGCAGGCUGCUGAGGACGCCACAGAUUUGGAAAAUCAUAUGAAGAAGCACAAAGACUCAUUCACUUAUGUUUGUAAUGUUUGUGGAAGACGAUUUAAGGAGCCCUGGUUCCUGAAAAAUCACAUGAGGACACACACAGGGAAGCCAGGAGCAAAAAACAAGCCUCAGCCUGACACAGAAGUCCCUGCAACCAUCAACGAGGUCAUUCAAGACCAAAUUACUGGGAAUGUCAUUUCCCCCUACAAAAUGUGCAUGGUGUGCGGGUUCCUGUUCUCAAGUAAAGACAUUUUAAUAGAGCAUAGUAGAGUUCACAACCCUGAGUCCGAGACCAAUGAUGAGGAAGAGAAGGCUGUAGAGGAACAGCCUGUUACUGGAUCGCCCGUAUCCCAAGAGUUCUUUCUUCAGCUGCUUAACCUGCGCCCGCACACCUCCGAAGCCAGCGCGAAAGCCGAGAAGUCUGCAAAAUGGAUCGAGCAGCUUGACCCUUUUAAUACUUACCAGGCUUGGCAGCUUGCCACAAAAGGCAAAAUUGCUGUCGGGCCAGGGCAGACCAAAGAACCCGGUCAUGACAUCAGCACUGACAAUGAAGAUUCCUGCUCAGAUAAAGAAGAACUCCAUGAAAUAUGGUCCACAAGUAGAAAUUUCAAUCCAGUUAAUGAGGGCUUAAUUUGUAAACUGAAAUCUAAACGUUCCAGUGGGGACACCCCUUCCCCAGAUGUGGAUCACAAGUCUCUACAGAGCAAGGAAAAGCCAACUCAAUGUGGGGAUUGUGGGAAGACCUUCAGAACCUACCACCAGCUGGUGCUCCACUCCAGAAUACACAAGAAGGAAAGGAACGGUGCUGAGAGUCCUAUCUCCAUUGACGGCAAGCAGUUAAGUACUGGAUCUAUGGAAAGUGGCAUAUUGGACCGAACUGAAGAAUGUUCUGAAGAUGGUUCCGAAGAGGGAGUACAUGGUGAUAUAUUUCAUUCAGAUAAAAGUGAAGAUGGCUCUGAGAAAGGAAAGAACAAAAAUCUUGGCUCCUCCAAAGAGUGCAGUUACUGUGGAAAGACUUUCCGUUCAAAUUAUUACCUCAACAUUCAUCUCAGGACACACACAGGUGAAAAACCUUACAAAUGUGAAUUCUGUGAGUAUGCUGCAGCUCAAAAGACAUCAUUAAGAUAUCACUUGGAGAGACACCACAAAGACAAACAUUCUGAAGCUGAACUUGCUGGUAAACCUUUAUCGGCAUCACCUGCUCCUGAAGACGCCUUACCAAGCAAGGAUAAAUCUGCUCAGGAAUUAGCUUGCACAAACGGUGUGUCUAGACACCUUGAUAUUGACCAAAAUGCAAAACAACGCAAACAGCUGUGGUCUUCACCCGCGUCCAGCGUGGUGCUUAACAGUGCUUCAUCUGUUGGUUUGAAAAGUGAGCAUCUAGACAAAACCACAGUGAUCAAGAAAUCCUACCAGGCUACCCGGAACAGUGUAGUAAAGUCAGAAACAGAAAGUGGUGUGUCCAGUGAUUCUUUAGGGUUGGGAAGUGAUUCUGUAUCACUCAAACUGAAGUUGGAAAGAAAAGAAAUAAAAGAGGAGUCAUCAUUUGAGAAACCAUUAAAUUUGUCCUUUAAAAUGUCGCUUUCUGUUUCCCCUACCUCGGAUCCUAUGAGUGCAUUAACCAGUACCUGCCCAUUUUGUACUUAUAAAACUCUAUACCCAGAAGUCCUUUUGAUGCACCAGAAGUUGGUGCAUAAAUACAAACCUGAUGUUCCCAGCACCCAUGGGUUAAAAACUACUGCUGCCCUAAAACAAAAAAGAUACACUGGAUGCCCCCCUGCCCUUGAGGGAAAAGAUGUUUCCCCCUUGCCUUUGUUUCACAGAAGCCACCCUCGGCGAACCAAGUCUCCACCUCAUCAGCAAGCAAAGCCCCUUGGCAAAAUAAACCCAACUAAGACUACUCUGCCUGCUGUGCAAUCUCCUGAAGUAGAAUCAAGAAAAGUAGCUCAGAACAGGAGGGGGGACCCGCAGCAAAAUUCCCGUCGGCUAAAUCAAACUGAAGUUGGACAAGGCACUUCUGAAGCUCAUUCCAAAAGGGAUGGAGAUGUCUCUCUCUCCAGGAGACCCCAUUUUUUAGGCAGUGAAUGGCCUGUGCACAAAGGUCGUCAGGUUAGAAAUGGAGAUCUGUGGCCGUGUGAUUCUGUAAGGGUAAGCCUUUCCAAUGGGAAUGGAAACCCAGUGCAUUUGGACUUUGGAGAGCCGUCCAGUAAGAAACGUAGGUCUUCCAGCUCGUCAAGCCAUGAGCAAGCAAUUUCUGAGAGGAGUAAUUUCAGGAGAGGUGACAACCACGGCAGGCUGUAUGUUCCAGGGAGAAACAUGGUGACGUCUAGGGAAAGCUCACCCACUACAGCGGCACAUUCCUUCUCUCCAGUGAAAACGUCGACCUCUGUACCUGCAAAUGGAGAGGAUCCAGAAUGGAAUGUGUUGAAUAUUCUCCGGACCUACAACCCCCAAGACCUUGCUUCGUUUUACAAUUCUGGUGGCACGGGCACGAGCCAAGGGUCUGCUGCAGUUGUAGAAGGGAAUAGGCCUUUACUCUAUCAGCAUUACCCAAGUAGCGUGCUGCAAAGGAGGAACUAUCCAAGCCCUAGGAGUAAUGCACGCUCUGGACCCACAGAUAAGAAUGCUUAAAAUAUGACCAUUUGACAGAUGAUGAUGGUAAAUUUCUUAAACCUUGCAGUAGUUUGAGUUGAAUGCUAAUUUAAAUGCAGUUUAUACAAACAUGCAGUGCCUAACUUUGUGUCGUCCCCCCCCAGGUCUGAAUUAAAUUAGAUUUUGUGCCGCUGUUCUAUUUGCUUUUCUUUGAUAUAACAAUGGAAAACAAACAAAGUUUGAAGCUCCUGGAAUAAGCUGUGACUUGUACAUAUGUAAAACACUACUGUUAGUGUUGGCUGUGCACAGAGAUUUUAUAUGCACCUGUUUGUAAAAUUUCAAGUUAGCUGACACUUGAAUGUUCUUCCAAGGUCAUGUUAAAAAAUGAAUAUGUCCAUAUAGGAUUUUGCAAGAGGCUUUUGUAGUUUAAUUGGAGAAUUGUAGGACAAGAAACUAGUUUUUUUACAGUAACAAUAGGUCCUAUAGGACUUUUGUCUCAACAUCCUUUAAGUAUAAAGGGUGACCUUUUUAAGUGAAAUAUUUUCACUCAAGUGCUUUAAAACUAAAGCAAGACAACAAAAUAUAUCUGAUUCAGGUGUGCCACAGUAUGGCAUUGGAAGAACUGGAGCACCUCUUUUGUGAAGCCACUUGUAUGAGAUCUUUAAUACCUGAUUGCAAUGAUCUGUAAACUGUAUGGAAGUACUACCUUGUCCCUUUUACAAAUACAAAUGUUAGGACUUGACUUUUAUGCCAUACUGGGCCUAAAAUCUCAAAGCAAAAGCAUACUGGUGAUAUAAUAUAGUAUGUGUAGCAUGUUUGUAGAUUCUCUCUUGAAAACUGACAGUUUUAACCUCACUGAGAGCAGACAGACUCUGAAUGAAUUACUGUACUUGUUCUCGAGUUAACUGUUGUUGCUGAGGUAUUUUCUGUGGCUUUUGAGAACUAUUCAGAAUGAAAACAAAGCCCCCACAACCUCACUGUCAGCUGAGCAGAGGCGUGGAGUGUUAACAUGGAGGACACACGGACCAAAAAUGAAGUGACACUGCUUAAAUACACAAGCUGCUGACUACCUUCAAGGUCGAUGUUAAUUAUAAAUGGACGGACAUGAUAGUGUUACGUUGGGCAGCUCAUGACAUUUCUUCCCCUUUUAGGUUUUUGUAAUUACUUUUUCAGUUCAGAUGUGUUUUGUUUAUUUCAUUGAAUUAAGUAUGGUGUAGGCACUUAUUGUACCUACUUGUCCAUAAUUUGAAACAAUUGAUCAUAACUUCAACCACAGUGCUUGUGGUGUGCGUGUGGUGUGCUUGUCUGCUGCUCUUUGCAUUCCGUGCACUGAACGUCCCUACUUUGGUUUGGAGGAUGAGGAAGGAGAGGAGUGAGGUAGCGGUAACAUACAGAUGACGUCUGCCAAGAACCAAGAAUACCAAAAUCCGUAUGGGAAUUCCCACUGUGGUCAGUAACCAAAAGUACAAGUCUUCUGCUAUGCAAGUACAGUGUAUUCACAUACAGUAGGCUCAACAGUUUAAUGAUGUAAAUACUUGCAGUGUACUUUGCUUGGUGUUCCUUAGUAACUGCCCAGCGUUUCGCCCAGUCUUGUGGAAUAAGGUUCUUAGACCAUUUAAAUCAGUUCCCUUUUAUUCAGGGGUUAAGAAUACUAGUUUAAGUCGCACCAUUUAUUGUCUUUUUACCUGGUCUAAACUUGAAAUCAAGUGUAGUCAUUAAAUAACAUUGAUUCUGUAUAUAAUGUUUUUUUUACUACUUUUUUGUUGUUUUAUAUAUACAUAUAUAAUCCAAUGUAAUUGGCCUGUUCUUCUCUCCACCCCCCCCCCCUCCAAAGUUGUCUGUCUAAACACAUUUUACUGGGGAAAUUGUUUAUCACGAUUUGUUUUUCAUUGAAAUAACACCACAUACCGUCUAAAGCUACUGUCAACACAUUUUAUAAAUUCCAAAGAGCAAAACAGCACAAUUAUUCUUGCACUGAUUUCAAAGUUAGUUUGUGUUUUUUUCAGUUGCAAAAUAAAUGUAAAAAAGAUGUCACUGCGAAAAUGCCUCAGCUACAUAAACGGGUCUUUUCUGAUUCUUUUAACACAUUAUUGUAUAACAAAGGGGAUUGUAGUUUUAUAAUCCUUCAAUGAGGUCUUGUUCCUAAGCUGAGCCAUAUGUACAUACUAGAUUUUUAUAUAAUUUUGCACUUUCACAAAAUACUUGCCGGUUUAUACAGUUUUUUUUUUUAUAUACAAUUCCUUGAUUUCUGAUAUUUAUUGUA